CAUACUGUUUCUUCUCCACCCUCCGCCGUCAUGGCUCUUCUCAUGGAGCACCAGUUCAGGCAGCUUCCAGCAGACAAACAGGUGGAGACCAGACCUUUCCUCGAGGCAGUGUCUCAUCUUCCACCUUUCUUCGAUUGUCUCGGCUCCACCGUUUUUGCCCCCAUUAAAGCCGACAUCGCUGGAAACAUAACCAAAAUAAAGGCCGUGUACGACAGCAACCCGAGUCGCUAUAAGACGCUGCAGCAGAUCCUGGAGGCGGAGAAGGAGAUGUACACGGCUGAGUGGCCCAGAGUCGGCGCUACGCUCUCCCUCAUGUGGCUCAAAAGGGGGCUGCGCUUCAUUCAGGUUCUCCUGCAGAGUUUAGUGGAUGCCGAGAAGGACGAGAACAACCCCAACCUGAUCCGUGUGAACGUCAAUAAAGCCUACGAGAUCUCGCUGAGAAAAUACCACGGCUGGUUCGUCCAAAAACUCUUCAAAGCGGCGCUGUAUGCUGCUCCGUAUAAGUCGGACUUCCUGAAGGCGCUUUCCAAAGGACGUGACGUUAAAGAGGAGGACUGCCUGGAUAAAGUGCGCCAGUUCCUCGUUAAUUACACGGCCACCAUCGACGCCAUCUACGAGAUGUACACCAAGAUGCACGCCGAGCUCGAGUACAAAGCCUGAGCUGAACCUCUGCCUUCUGAUUGGCUCUCAUCAGGCCGAUCUGUGUUCUGAUUGGACCACGCAUCUCCCUCUAUCUCUUAGGGUUUCUCUGAGCCUCUCGUUUGUCGUGUAUUUGUCUGUCCCGAGCACUGACGUGUUCGGGACAAUUUCUAUAAGUAUGUUAUUAGUUAUAAUAUAAUAACAACAAAUAAUAAAAUGAAGUUCAUUGAUGUUUACAUCAGGAAUGAAAGGAGGACCAACACAGUGUCUGUUACCAACAUGUCUAUUAUUGUCAUGUAAUUAAGAAAGCUUCAUGACGUCCUGCUCAUGGUCACAUGAUCCCACAUCCUCAUUACCAUGAACUUUAUUCAGUUUGAAACUUCAUUUUACUGUAGAACAUCAAAUGACUGACUCAAACAAACCCUAGUGGAAAUUCAAUGGUGUGUAUGGUUCAAUAUUUCUCCAGCUCUCCUCUCAUAACUCCAGCUCAGAUCUCGAUUACUGUCUGAAGCACACAAAUAUAAGAAAAGCUUGAAACCGUGGUGUCAUCUGGAUCCUGUCAGGGAUAAAGAAAGGAGGGAUGUAGUGGAGGUUGUGUUAAAUGAUGUUCAUGCUGCUUUUUUUAUAUAGUGCUUUAAACGAUGACAUGAUAGAUAGAAACACAAUAGAGUUUUGGUGAAUUCUAUACUCAAUUGAACUCUUCUUCAUUUCAGGUUUUCACUCAUGUGGUGUUACGUGUGAACAGGAUUUAAAAACUCUUAGGUGUGUGUGUGUAAGAGAGAAUUAUAUGAUGUUUGUAUGAAUGAAUUUGCUGAUUAUGCCCCAUAAAACAGUUUGUAGCUCCUU